AUAUAAACUAUUAAAUAUCUCUGGCCAUAACAUUGGGUGACACCUGUGAAUUAUGGCAAACGUGGCUCCCUAAUAUGGUAGCAAUAUACUUCGCCUCUUCCUCUCUGGCUAAGCCUGUCAAAAGCCCAUGGCACCAUUACGAACGCACGUCUCAGGACAAGUGGACGCCAUCUAAAUGCACGCGGAUGGAGAGCUGCUUGGAGAGUGUUGUGCGUGCGUAAUCGCAUUAUCUGACCUGAAAAAACGCAGGCUGACAGCCCAGUCGCAUAAUAUUCUUUACUGUACUUUUUUUUAUUGUUUUCUUUCCUUGAUUAAAAUGCCACUCUUCAUAAACCGAGACCAGAUAUUUGCGCACCAAGUUCACCUUUUGGAGCACAAACUGCGGAGCAAAGAAGAACGCAUUCUGGAGUUGGAGACUGAAAAUGCCAUUCUUCACCUGAGGCUCGCCGAUUGUCUGGGGAAACUUCGUCGGGAUCAUGCGGAAGAGGCAGAAGCAGAAGCCCAGAAGCGUUGGCAACACCAGAGAGUUGUGCAGCAAAGCACCCAGUCUGCCCUGGCCAAACUCCUGUCUGAAGUUCAGAUUUUGAAGCAGGACCUGAGAGAGGUGUUUGCGGUGUAUGUGAACUUCGCCACUGAGUUGGAGAACCAGAGCAGGCUGCUGCUGGAACAAGUCGGCCAAGCCAGCUUCGCCCUCCAGGGCCACCAUGGCAAUGAUGUGCACAGUUUGCAGGCUCAGAUGGAGGCUCUAGAGCGCUCGCUACAGGAGGAGAAGGAGCGGAGCAGGACUGAGAGGGAGAGGAGGAAGAUACUUCACAACACCUUGGUGGAGCUGCGGGGGAACAUCAGGGUCCACUGCAGAGUGCGUCCAGUCCUUCCCUUUGACGAUGGCCAGGGAUCAACAUUAGCAAUAGGGCCUGCUACAACAGAAGAGGUGGUUCAGGCAGUUAAUGAUGAUACAGUUGUUGUGAAUUGUACUAGAAUGGGGAACCCGGGGCUGAACAAGAUGUUUGAGUUUGAGAGGGUGCAUGGUCCUGAGGACUCCCAGGAUGUCGUGUUUGAGGAAGUGAAGCCUCUCCUCACAUCUCUGCUGGACGGGUAUAACGUGUGCAUCAUGGCGUACGGACAGACAGGCAGUGGGAAGACACACACCAUGAUCGGCUCCCAGGCUGAGGACCCCUCAGGACCACAGGGGGAGGCCCGGCAAGGCGUUAUUCCCAAAGCAGCCACUGAACUCUUCAGACUGAUAUCGGAGAAACCUGCUGAGAGUCACACGGUGGAGGUGUCUGUGGUGGAGGUAUACAACAACGAGGUGUUGGAUCUGCUGGCUAAAGACGAGGACGGGGUUGCCAUGGGCGCCAAGAGAGACGUCAUCACUACCAGCACAGGGACCAGCGAGGUGCCCUUACUCUCCUAUGUGUUGGUGAGAAGCUCAGCAGAUGUGAUGCAGCUGAUCAGUUCUGUUCUGAGGUUGAGGGCUCGCUGCCCUACACUGGUCCACAGAGACUCCUCACGCUCUCAUCUCAUAGUAACCCUUACUGUCUCCUCCAAGAGCCCCAAUGCACUGGCCCUGGCUCGUAGGUUGCAAAAUGUCAAGAAAGACAUGCAGCGCAAGGCCCAGAAGGAGUGGUGGAGCCCCCGCUGUCGCCGUGCCAACCCAAUGGCCCGCCAAUCGGGGGACGAGCGUUCCGCUAGCUCCUCCUCCUCGCCCUACCACUCCCCCAGCCACUCCCCCAUUCACUCCUCUUGCCCCUCCCCCAGAGCCAGCACCACCCAGGCUCCCUUCAGGACCAAACUACAGCUGGUGGACCUUGCAGGUAGCGAGUGUGUGGGUAUGUCAGGGGUGACUGGCGCUGCCCUGUGGGAGACGUCGUGUAUAAACCGCAGUCUGUCUGCUCUGUCUGACGUACUGGGAGCUCUGGCAGAGCAACGGCCACAUGUGCCCUACAGAAACAGCAAGCUCACACACCUACUGCAGGAUGCCAUCGGUGGGGAUGCGAAGCUGCUGGUGAUGCUUUGCGUCUCUCCCACCCAGAGGUAUAUGACUGAGUCUCUACAGUCUCUGGGCUUCGGCACGCGGGCUCGUCAGGUCCAAAAAGAUACCCCUCGCAGGAAGAACAUUGCCCUCAAACUGAAGUAAUGAGAGGAGAGCAGAGCAGAGGAGUAUAGAAGAGAGAAGGGAGAGAGGUCCCAGGCUGUGAUGGCAUGGUCAAAGAUAGAACAGAGGUCCCCCUCAAUCAAGUGAAGGCUGAACAGAGUUACAUGUGGCCACUGUGGCGUAAAUGUUGUAUAUAUGUAAAUAUUAUUUAGUAACUUAUGUCGUUGCUUUACUUAAACAUACAAUUGUACAUGUAUAUCUAGCUAUUUGAACACCAAAUUGGGUUGUUUUUUAAAAAAAUGGUUUGACAAAUGUUGAAUAAUUUUCAUCUAUCGGUGUCAAACUCCAUCGCCUCUUUAUGUCCACCCAAAUAGUAUACAAUAUUUACUUGACCAAUUAUUUUAUAUUGUAGAAUUGAUUCUUAGAUGCAGUAUUUCCCUUUGUUUUUAAAUAGAUGGACAAAUAAUUUAGGCUAGUAAUUUUUUGAUUUGUGUUCAAUCUUAGACUGAUGGUAAAUCACAGGCUUUAAGGCUUACUUAUACUGAACAAAAAUAUAAAACGCAACAUGUAAAGUGUUGGUCCCAUGUUUCAUGAGCUGAAAUAAAUGAUACCAGAAAUGUU